CAGUAAGAUGACGUUUCCCUCGCGGUCACAUGACUCUGUACAGUAAGUCCAACAUGGCAGACGGAGUGGGUCUUACGCGGUAACUACAGCAACAUUUCCUCCGAGGCGGACAAACCCGACAGGACGAGCCAGGAUGAGGGAGCGACAGAAGAGGAAGAAGGGCAGGACGUGGGCGGAAGCCGCUAAAACGGUUUUGGAGAAAUACCCGAACACUCCUAUGAGCCACAAAGAGAUCUUGCAGGUGAUCCAGAGAGAAAGACUUAAAGAAAUAAGAAGUGGAACUUCACCGCUGGCAUGUCUGAAUGCGAUGCUGCACACAAACUCUCGUGGCGAGGAGGGGAUUUUCUACAAAGUUCCAGGCAGAAUGGGAGUCUACACGUUAAAGAAGGACAUCUUAGAUGUGGCGAAGGAGCUGUCUGAGGAGGGCUCUGAGGAGAGCAGCGACAAUCUUUCGGACUCCAGAAGCACAGAAAACAACAGCAGUGCCAUCACUCAGGAGGGCCGGAGAGGACGGUGGAUGCGGAGAGUUCCCUCCAAGCUGCAGUCGCAGCCGUCGUCGCCGCAGCCUCGAUGUUCAUCGCCCUCUGUCCCCACUAGUAAGCUCAUCUCUCCCUCGCAGAAACACAGCAAGAAAGCUUUGAAACAGGCCUUGAAGCAGCAGCAGCAGAGAAACCAGCGCAGGCAGGGGGGGAUGCCAACCACCUCCAGUCCCAGACUGCUCCUGAAAACCAUCAAAGACAUGGCUGACAACAUAACUACAAAGGCUGACCUGGGCCAUCCAGUCGUACCCAGGAAGGUUCCACAGAGGGCAGGUCGUCUCAGUGCAGGGCAGAUAAAACGUACCAAGUGUAACAUAGACGUGGAGACUCCAGACUCCAUCUUGGUGAACACCAACCUGCGGGCGAUCAUCAACAAGCACACCUUCUCUGUCCUGCCCCCAGACUGCCAGCAGAGGCUGCUCAAACUUCUGCCUGAAGUUGACCGGCAGGCUUGUAUGGACGGCCUUCUCAAGGUGACUAGUUCUGCCUUAAACAACGAGUUCUUCACAUCAGCAGCUCAGUCUUGGAAGGAGAGACUGGCUGAGGGGGAAUUCACGCCGGAGUUGCAGCUACGAAUGCGUCAAGAAGUUGAGAAGGAAAAAAAAGUUGAGCUCUGGAAGGAGGCCUUCUUCGAAAGCUAUUAUGGUGAAAAUUCUGGGCUCAGCUAUGAAGAAUCCAAAGAGCUGACAAAGACUGAUCAGAAUCAGGCGUCUGCCCGGCCCCAGUCUCCCCCUCAUCAGACAAGACUGGCCGCUCAAGCAUCAGAGGAAACCAAGGGCAGAAAGGAGAGCAGCCAGACUGAUGCUGCUGCUGCUAAAGACCUGAAGUCAACACGGACAUCGUCGCUGGAGCCUCUGAAAGCAUCGCCCGCUGCAAAAGAGCCCGUCGCCACCAUAGAGCCCAUGAAGACACGACGCGCGCAGUACGCAGAGGAUCGUAGGUUGAACACGACGGCGCAGACUGAGCCGACACCUGCAGUGAGAACGCCAGAGGCGGAGAGUCGGACUGACAGGAGAGCGGUGGGUCCGCUGCCCGAUAAGGAGCCUAAAGAAGAGGUGAAGGAGGAGAAAACCAAUCUCCCCCUGUCACCUGUGAAGAGGAGCCCUCCACCAAAGGGCAGUUCAGAGUUAAAAAAGGAUCAGCCGACGUGUGCGGUUAAACCUGCCGAGAGUGAAGAGGUCAUCCCUGAGACUGGUGGCCCCGCGGAGCCCCUAAAAAGAAAAUCUCUCAGUGAGACGGAGGGUGAGCUGACACCAGAGAAAAGGCCACGUAUGUCCUCAGUUUCCUCAGUGUCUUCGGUCUCCUCAGUUUCCCCGCCGGCAUCGUCCAUAUCCAGCCCUGCGACACCAACGGCAGCGUCAAAUCAGAGGGUUCCACCGCUCAAGAUCCCAGUGUCAAGAAUCCUCUCCGUUCCUGUGUCACCCAGCCAAGUCUCACCCAGAACCCCUCUGCCCGCCCCGCUCAGCAGCCCGGGCCGCACUGGCGCUCGCACUUUGGCUGACAUCAAAGCCAAAGCUCAGCUCGCCCGAGCACAGCGAGCCGCGGCUGCCGCGGUGUCGUCUGCGUCGAAAGGAGCUGUGCCAGGCCCGGGGCCAGGAGGAGGCAGUGGUGAGCAUACGCAUCCAUCACCCAGGUCCUGCCCGACAUCCCCACAGACACCAACCAGGUUACAAUCCACCUCCACCGGCCAUCAGAGCAGUACGCCUCCUUCUCGACCACUGGAAUCAAACGCGUCUCACACGUCUUAUUCAAACAAACCUCAAAAUAGUUCAAACUCAUCAACACAAUCUUCGCCUGUGCAACCUCUUAAGGGACAGGAAAACCCAGCUCCUGUUGGAUCCUCAACCAGGACCAGCUCCUGUAUCCCGGCCAACAACCCACUGGUCACCCAGCUUCUGCAGGGUAAAGAGGUUCCGUUGGAGCAAAUCCUCCCAAGGCCACUGUCCAAGGUGGAAGUGGAGAUGUCAAACUUACCCUCUGGGAGUAAGGGGAAGACGUCACACUCUGCUGAGCACAGGGCUGAUGUGCACCAGUUUAACACAGCAGCACGGGCUGGAGUUUUCUCAGAAUACUCGAGACACCACAGAGAACUUCCUGACAAGGAGACUCAGGAACAGAUCCUCCAGGCUCUGAUGCAGAGGAAAGUCCAGCAGCCCCAGCCUUAUUUGGGGUUGGGGCCUCAGUACAAGGCCCAUCACCUGGUGCAUGCAGAAGACCGUCAGGACCAGGCCCGGAUUUGCGUUGGCUUUUUGGGUCGUAAGAGGAUUCCCAGGCCCGCCAUGACAGGACAUUACCUGCUCAACGUGUCCACGUACGGCCGAGGACCGGAGAGUAAAAGACUGCAUCAGUCUGCCAUCCCCAACACGUCUGUGUUUGGUUUCAAAAGGGAAAACGUAGAAGUAGAGCCGGUGGCGAAGGAAGAAGAACCAGUCAGGAAAGUUUUCUCUCCUGUUUCUGGGGUUAAAACGGAGCAGCAGGGCGUCACGGUAUCCAAGUCUGAAGAAGCAGCGAGCUUUCAACAUUGCUCCAACGUAAAAACCGAGCCUGGAUCAGAGGACAGUGCAGCGGGCGCCGACAACAGCAGCACCAGUGCGACAGCCAAAGACACCAGCCCUUUUUCUCAGUCACACCGAGGGCACCUCGAACUCUGCAAUAGUAAACAAGGAAACUCCGAGCCAUAUCUUACCCACGUGGACCCGAGUCACCAGCAGCCCCCUGCCUUCCAAACCCAGAAAACGCUCGAUAAUCAGGAACCUGUGGUAGCUUCGUGCUUCGGUGGCACAAUCAGUAUGUCCGUACCUCACACUCUGAACCGCAACGCUGCCGGCACUUGCUCCUCCGCUGCCUCGUCGGAGGCCGACGGGAGCGGCGUUCACGGCAGCGUAAUGUCUUUCUCAGUGACCGUCACCACCAUACCCGCCGGUCACUCGUUAGACCACAGCAACCAGGGCGAGCCCUCGCCUGAGCAGUCGUUCAUCGAGGGCUCCAACAUGGAGGACGUGCAGUCUAAAUGUUACUGCAGACUGAAGGCGAUGAUCAUGUGCAAAGGGUGCGGGGCUUUCUGCCAUGACGACUGCAUCGGCCCCUCGAAACUGUGCGUCUCGUGUUUAGUGGUACGAUGAUAUGAAAUUGAAUCAGAAGUGGUUCAUUCAGAGAAAACAGCCAGCGCUUCUGUCUGUCUGUCUGUCUGUGUGUCUGUGUCUGUCUGUGUGUGUGUCUGUCUGUGUGUGUUUGUGUCUCUGUUGGAAAGCUGAGGAUUUACACUGGAUGGUCUUUUGUUUCACGUCUGAGAGAAGUUGUUUUGUGCAAUGGUUUUGGUAGAAAUGUCGAAUCAGUCUCCAAUCAGAUGAGUAGUCUGUCAGAUGGCAAAUAUAAAAUCUGGUGUGUUUGCACUUGGCUAGGAUUAGUGUCAUAUAUUUUUUUUAAUAUAUAUAUACAUACAUAUAUGUAUAUGUAUAUGUAUGUGUGUGUGUAGUUUUUAAAAAAGGAGGGAAAAUGAAUGUUGCUAUUUUUGUAGAACGUAAUGACUGUUGUGUUUUAGACUUAAACUUUGUACUAUUAUUGGGCCUAAUCAGUCGUGAUUAAAAGGCAAAAAAAAAAGGGCGCUUAUGAUAAUCAUGGGUUGUAGAGUACCUCCUAUUUGGCAUUUAUGCACGCAUGGCAGGGAAGUGCAACUUACAGUAACUAUUUUUAAUAUAAAAACUACAUUUAUUACUGAACACACUCAGAUUUAAGAACUACAAAGAACGUGUAUAGUUUUAGAUGGAGAAUAUUAAUAAUAUGGAAUUUUUGAAUGAUGACUUUAUAAGAAUCAAGGGUGAAGCACUUGAAAACCACCUGGAGAUAAGAUGAUAACUGUACAGCACUUAAAUCCAAACACACAGAAAAAGAAGAAUCAUUUAUAUAUAUAAAUAUAUAUGUUUAAAAAAAAAAAACGUUUUUAUGAAUCAAGUCUUUUCCAUUCUUGGUAAAUAACUAACGUCACUUCCUACUGUAUGAACCUGCUUUUAUUUUACCCGUAGAAAGUUUGUAGAUAUCUGUUUCUAGAUGUCUCCUUUGAAAUGGGUUUUCUCGUGCUUGUAUCUCUGUACACAUGGAUCAGCAGUGGCAAAGUAAAACACUCAACAGUGGGGGGGGGGGUCCCUGUACAUAUUUGCUCAUGUAUGAUAUACGCCUAGAUGUAGAAAAAUGUAGAAAGAUUUUUAUUUUAUCGGUGCAGUACACUUUGCUCGAGCGUAUCCAGCUGUUUAUUCCGAAAUGAUUUUCACUGUGGAAAAAGGAAACGGAGAAAAGGAAGUAAAUUGUGCUAAAAAUGCUUUAAUCUGUAAUGAUUCAGCGCAGCAUGUUCUAGAAAAUAAUCUGGAGGUUCAACGUGACACCGACUAACAGGCAGGUGCAACAUUUCACAUGUCAACAUUUCAAAUGGCCUUUUUUCCUGUGAGCGGAGGGAGCACCCCCCUCCUCGUUAACGUGGUAUUAAGAAGUGUUACACGCACAGAGUGAUGCUGUAUCACGUACAAUGUGUGUGUGUUGUGUACAAUGGUGAACCAGCACGUGCUUUAUGAUCGUGUGAACACAACACUCAUUUUAAACCAACAUAUUAAUAUGCAAAAAGGCCAGUGUGAAGUGUUCCUGCCGCACGUUUUCCAGGUGCUCGUUUUUACUGAAAUUUAAGAUGCAUCAUUUAUAUUUCUGAAAUCUGGCGGUGCAAAGUAAGCCUGUUUUUUUUUAUAGCAAUCAUUUCCAAGGUAAAAUGCCAAAGUCACCUGAAGAAAACGAAAAUAAUCCGAACUUGUUUUUAAAUGUCUGACUAGUUAAUCAAAGUAAUAUAUUUUAAUUAAUAUAUUUUAAUAUAAAAGAAAAACUAUUUGCUAAUUGUUUUUGACAAAUCAACAGGGUAUUUACUAUGAUAAUGAUAAUAAUAUAUUGGCUGUCCGCUUUUUCCUUUAAUUUAGUUCUGACCGGACAGACCACCAAACAGAGAACGUGCCCAGGUUUCUGUUUCUCUGUACGGCCCAACUUUUUAAACGCAUCCAUUCUUUUUGUGUUUUUUUUUUUUUCCAUAGAGAUGUUGUCCAGUGUGUUGAUCCGUGUAGCCAUGUACCUUUGUCAUCACUUAAUGAAAACAAAAUGUGUGUCAAUCAAAGCACAACUUGUAGUUCAGUGGAUUAAUCCCAAGUCAAUUAGUAAACGUCUUUGAUAUAAAAGAGGGGGGGGGUUGUGUUGUUUGUAGAGAAUUGGUUUUCAGGUUGUUGGGCUGGAAUCUGGAGGUUUCCACAGAUGUAGUGUAGUCAUGUCACUAAAACUGAUUCUGUUAACACAAAGCUCAUUUGCUCCCCUCCAUGAAUAUUUAGGUCUUAUCUUGGUGGAACGUGAUGGUGGAAAACUGUGUGUGCUCACGUAGAGGCGGGGACGGGGCCGCGCUGCCACAAUAGAAUAAAGAAAACAUUCAAUCGCAGCAGAAACGGCAGCUCACAUCUCUGACAAUGACUGAAACAUGAACCAGGCGGCAGCAGCGGCCGUCCUCACGGUCUCUCUCACCUGUUCUGUGUGUGUGUGUGUGUGCACGUAGGGGGACAGUUCUUAUGAGAAUUGGAAGCCAUCAUGGGCGAUCACCACCGUUUUUUUUUUAAAUGUCACGUUCGUCACUACAGGUGAAUUUGUUUUUAACGUGUCUCGUGUCAUUUUGUCUCCAUUUAAAACUCUGGUUGAAUGUACUAUAGUAAUCAGCACUUGUAAACAAAGUGUAUUUUAUCAGAAGUUAUAGACUAUUAUGAAUAAAUAAUGAAG